UUUAGCUUGCUUUCAGGGCUGUGCCUAACACAACCUGCUCGUGCUAAGUCUCUUUGGGCAACAGAGCCAGCAAACAACUUUACAAAUAUAAUCAGGACAGCCUAUCCANCACUUCCAUUUGGCAACCCCGGACAUGAGAAACUCAGCCUGAACGUAGAUUCCUUGUGGAGUGGUGGUCCAUUCGAAAACUCGAGCUACAAUGGAGGCAAUCCUCAAUCUUCUGUGUCGUUUGCACUACCAGGUAUUCGCGACUGGAUUUUCAAGAAUGGCACCGGGAACGUCACUGCUCUGAUGGGAGACAACAACAACUAUGGAAGCUAUGCUGUCCUUGGAAACCUGUCUAUCUCGAUUGAUAGCAUAUCCAACUUUACGGCCUACAACCGAUCCCUUGAUCUGGCAACUGGCGUGUAUGCAACCGCAUUUGAAGCGAAUGGCAGCAAGUACACGAGUGUUUGUGUCUACGAGCUAUCUUCGUACGACCCUCUCCCAUCUAUACAUGUCUCGUUCGAGAAUCAGCAGUCCAAUACCUCCCUGGUCAGCUCUACAUGUUCGACGUCCCCAAGGACAGCAUCAUUCUUGGGCAUUACUCGAGCAGAUAUCGGUAUGCUAUAUCGUUCCGAAGCGAGAGUCGUCGGCAAAGUCGCAUCACUUUCAUGUACCUCGGGAGUCCUCACAAUCAUGCCAAGUUCGAGACAGCGAUCUCUGGCCCUUGUGAUUACAGCCGGUACUGAUUACGCAGAGACCAAGGGAACUGCAGCAAGUAAUUACUCGUUCAAAGGACCAGAUCCAGGGGACUACAUCUCUACUGUCGCAGCAUCGGCAGCAGCAAAGGGCUCCAAAGUCUUGUUGCAUCGCCACAUCGCAGACUACACCGCUCUGACCUCGCGCUUCACUCUCAACCUUCCGGAUACAGCUGGAUCAGCAGGAAAACCAACAGCAGAGCUGGUAGCCGCUUAUCAAGGCACCGAAAAUAUCACAAGCGACCCUUACUAUGAGUCCCUCCAGUUCGAUUACGGUCGCCACCUCUUCAUUUCCUCUUCGCGCCAGAAUUCUCUCCCACCAAACCUACAAGGAAAAUGGGCCUAUGGGCUCGAAAACGCCUGGGGAGCUGACUACCAUGCCAACAUCAACCUACAGAUGAAUCACUGGGGAGUAGAUCAGACAGGACUCGGCGAGCUCCAAGACGCACUAUGGCGAUACAUGACAGAAACCUGGGUGCCUCGAGGCACGGAGACUGCAAAGUUGCUCUACGACGCACCUGGCUGGGUAACUCAUGAUGAGAUGAACAUAUUCGGGCACACUGGAAUGAAGACUGGCGACGAAUACUGGGCAGAUUAUCCAGCAUCGGCGACUUGGAUGAUGUUGCAUAAUCUGGACACAGGUCUGCACAUCAACCCCACCCUCCACACACUCCAAGAAUGGAAGAUCACCUCUCUAGACACCACUUAUAACACAAAUUCCACCCACCGUCAUCUCUCCCACCUCGUGGGCUGGUAUCCAGGCUCCUCCCUCUCCGGCCUUUUAUCCGGCUACACCGACCCUUUCAUCUCCUCCGCCGUAAAGCAAACCCUACUUCAGCGCGGCCCAGGCAUCCUCGACGCAAACGCCGGCUGGGAAAAAGUCUGGCGCGCAGCGUGUUGGUCACGCCUAAACGCCUCAUCUCAAGCUUACGACGAACUGCGCCUUGCCAUCUCUCAAAACAUUGCGAGCAAUGGGUUAUCCAUGUAUUCGGGCAAGAACGAGCCUUUUCAAAUCGAUGCGAAUUUUGGAUUCGUGGGGGCGGUAUUAGCGAUGUUGGUUGUGGAUAUUGAGGAGUUGGGGAGUGUAAUGUUGGGACCGGCGAUUCCGAUAGAGUGGGCUGGGGGUAGUGUCAAGGGGUUGAGGGUCAGAGGUGGUGGAAGCGUGGAUUUUGGCUGGGAUGGCGAGGGAGUGGUGCAGUGGGCAAAGUGUGAAGGUGUCAAUAGAAGGAUUGUCAAUCUCGAGGAAAAAGUGCUGUGUUAG